AUGUUGCGAGAGGCAUUUUACUACCUCCUCGGAGGUGUCACCUUCCUCCCUCUCUGCAUUGUCGCAGUAGUGCUGCAUUUCUACUUCAAUGUGCCCUCCGAGAAUCAAAUAGGGCCGCCCGCAAUAGACACCGAUGUUGAGCUCACCCACGAAAAGAAGCUCGCCGCGCUCGAUCUUGCCGCGCGCAACGCUGCCCUCCACGCCGAAAUGGAAAACGCCAAAGGCAAGGAUCACCCGCAAGGCGACGCUACCGUUCCUCCCACAGCCAAACGUCUCGGACCGGGCCCAGCUGCUUCUUCCACACCCAAGCCCUUUUCUUCCGGUUGGCUCACGGUGCGCCCUACUUUCGAGACCGACAAAGAUGCCACCGCCCCCGCUGGUGCUGCCAACGCUCCAGCCGCAAUCCCAGCCUCGUUGGUCGACAGCGAGUCGGACGCAAGUCGUGCUCAGUCAGAAGAUGAAGGCGCAGCAGCGGAAGCUACGGAUGCUGCAACCACAUCCUCGUCCGCUGCAGCGUCCAAUUCCAACGUGACCAAUGCAGGAUCCGGAUACGUGUCGCAGAUGUACAGGGGCAUUCUCGACUAUCGUCUAGGCAGGGCCGCCAACAAAAAGCCCACCGGCGAGGCUUCUAACACUCGCUCGACGACUUCCGCUGCCUCAGCUGCAACUCCCAUAGGCACCGCCGGCAAAGAGAGUUUCUACUGUAUUCUCAAAUCGCCCAUUCUCUACCUCUACUCUUCUGACGAUGUCGCAAGUCCUAACACCGAAUGCCACGCUGCCAUCGACCUUCGCGGAAAGCGCGUCAGUAUCUUUGUCGCUGGUUUCGGUGACACGCUUGGCGAACUCGACGCAGAGAACCCGUCUGCUAGCACCGACGACGAGCAGCUGGGAGACGCAGCAGCUGAUCAGCCAGGCUUUGACCCCAAGCAAGCCUGGGAGAAAGCAAAGCGCGCCAUCGUUCGCGAUGGAGAGCUCUUCAUGAAGAGGAAUGCCAUCCGCAUCGUCGGUUCCGCUCUCGGUCGCAACGCGUCAUCCACUCGCAUAUCCAAGUUCAGCAGAAGAAGGCCGCAAUGGUUCGUCUUUUGCAAAAACAACUAUAUCAUGGAGGACUGGUACCACGCACUGCUCCAGGCUUCCCUUCUGCCCGACCCCAGCCUCUCCACCAAACUAUCUGACGAUGGGCCCAUCGAUUCCGUGGCCCGCCUCUUUGGCAAGCUCGACGAUCCCAUCGGCCCCACCUUCUCUCAAGAGGACAUGGCAUCACUGCUCGUCUCCCUCGACAAUCUUCCAGAUCCCCUUCCAUUGCGGUGGCUCAAUGCCCUCGUAGGUCGAAUCUUCUUCUCGGUUUAUCGCACCGCAUGGCUCGAAAACUACAUCACCUCCAAGAUGAUGAAAAAGAUGAACCGCGUCAAGACUCCCGGUUACCUCGGCGACAUCAAGGUCGUCGAAGUCGACGUCGGCCGCCGUGCUCCUGGCUUCAGCAGGCCCAUGCUCAAGGCCCUCACCAGCGAAGGAGAAGCGAGCAUGGAGGUUGCUGUUCACUACGUCGGCGAGGUCCGCAUCACCAUCGCGACCACGCUCACACUCUCUUUGGGCUCCCGCUUCAAGCAAUACAAUAUUCCCAUCGUGCUCGCCGUCGUGCUCAGAUCCCUCGAAGGCAAUCUGCUCCUCCACAUCAAGCGUCCGCCCAGUAAUCGUCUCUGGUUCGGAUUCACCACCAUGCCCAAGAUGGACAUCGAGAUCGAGCCCGUCGUCAGCGAGAGGAAAGUGCAAUGGGGCAUGGUAACCCGGCUCAUCGAAAGCAGACUCAGAGAGCUGCUGAGCGAGUCCAUCGUCGUUCCCAACAUGGAUGACAUCUCGUUCUUCGACACACGCUCGUUGCCCUUGCGCGGCGGCAUAUUUGCAGAUGCUGCCAAGAAUGUCGAUGCGCUGCGAGCUGAGGGUCACGAUUCAUCGGCCGCAGCAACUGCAGCGGCGCCUGCUACAGCUUCGACGCAGUCGGAGCGCGACGCAAAAAGCGUGGUGGGCGCCAUCAAGACGUCAGAUCUGCUUGCGGCCAACAAGGUUGGGACUGCAAGUGCACCUGUCUCUGGAACAGCUACGCCGUCGCUACCCAAUCGUGCAAGUGCGCCGGCCUUGCACGAUGCGCUUACAAAUGAGGACGGCCAAGCAAGUUCGGUCGAUGCCGGCGCUCCAUCCAAAGAAGCUCUGCGAAAUCGCAAGGGUGGACUGGAACCUUCGGCAAGGCUGACAGAGAGGCUGCUGGCAGAGCCGUCGCUGCAAUCCGCUCGCACUUCUUCGCCUGCCGCCGCAGGUCUGAGCGAUCUCUUGAAUCGUGACCUGGCUGCCGGCGGUGGAAGCAUGAGCGGUUCGCCGCCCCGCCAAGACGCACAGGGCAACAAGCGCAGGACUUGGUUUGGCACUGGGCCCAAAUCCUCUGUGUCCAGUCUCGGCUCUUCGUCCGGCCUCUCGACACUGGGGUUAGGAGCAGCUACAUUGGGCAGCAGAUCGAGCCGCGAACAAAGCAGCUUGGCGCUUGGCAAUGCCAGUAUUGAACGCCCCUCCCAGCGCUCUCAUUCAGCCAGCAUCUCUGGCAAGAGCGAUUCGGCCCUCGCUGUGCCCGGGGAUGCUGCCACCCGCACGGUUUCUGAUUCUUCCGCCCGCCCCGCUUCUAUCCGCUCACCCCCAAAUCCGUCGACAGCGUUGGAUCGGGGGAGCCCUGAGACCUUGCGCGACGCAAAGCAAGAUAGCUCAGCGGAUAAUCUGGAUUCUGCCGCUGCGAAUCCCUCAUUCAUCGUGUCGAGCGCUUCUGAGCCGGUGGUGUCGCUCGAAAGCGAUGAGACAUCCGCCGCGUCAACUCAUGAUGCUGCGGCAAGACUGGGGCCACCGUCACUGCGUACCGGUGACGACGAGCUGGAUCUGAUCGACAGCCCGUCCAGCCUCACUCACAGUACGAGAUCCUCUAUUCGCAGUUCCAGGUCCGAAGCCGUCCAUUCAGAUGCGAGAUCGAACCUUCACGACGCCUCUCCAGCCGCAAGGUCAAUAGAGACGCUCAACAGCGCCUUUUCUGCGAACAUUUCUCGUCAGAAAUCGACAGGCACCGAUGAGGAAAGCGUGGGAACUGCCAGUGUGCCAAACCGCUCGAUGCAGAAUGUCAUGCCUCCUCCUCCGCCACCGCGCAAGCCGACGAGUACAGCACGAGAAGAUCGGUCUGUACCGCGUCAGGAUGCUGCCUCUGCCCUCUCGAGCCUGCAGCGCAGUCGAUACGGUCUCAACGACGGUGAUCGAGCAGCCAACGAGUCUCAAGGCGCACUCGCCGGCUCUACCUCAGCAAUGCUCUUGACUUCAUGGAACAAAGCCAAGGCGAGCAUGGCGGACAAGGAAUCCAGACAGGCGGCUGCACGUGAUGCGAAGGACGCCAUCCGAAGAGGCUGGACCAACUGGAACUCGAAACGUGCCGAGGCUCGACGUAGUGGUCAAACAGAAGAGGGCAAUGACGAGCGGUUGGACCAAGCUGGCAUCACUCGGUCGCAGUCAAGCCGUUUGUCGCUUGUGCCUGGCAAGUCAGCGUGGCUUGCCAGCAGUCCGCCCGAUCCUACGAGUUUUGGCCUGGGGUUCGACAGGGCCAGUCCCGAGGACACGCGCAGUGUGGCAAGUGGCGACAAGCAGAAUUCACCGGGCUUGUAUGCCGGCAUGCGAUCGAAUCUGACGGAUACGGACGAUGACAAUGCCAGUGUGCACUCCAACUCGAGCAAUCGACAGCCUUACCGAGAGCUCAGGGCUUCCAAGAAAGUGCAUGGGUUUGACAGCAGCUCUGCUGCCGCUUCGAGGGCAACUAUCUCAACUGUACCCUCUGCAAAGUCGUCUGGCGAUGCUUCUAGCCGACUUGGCUCGUGGGAUGCGGAUGUGCCUUCGUUGACGCCUCCCGCGCCCGCCUUCCGCAACGACAGUGACGAGGACAAGGAAGAAGAGCCGAAGAGUAAUUCGUUGGAGAGGACGGUCAGCAGAGAGAGAUCCGCGGGAUUGAACCCGCCUGCGUUGCCACGCCGAAAGACGACCAGCAGCAGCAUCUCUUCGACAGGGCAGAGCGGCAGCGGUGGUGUAUCCUUUGUUCCACCCGCUCCCGCUGCUACGACUAGUCUCGCGUCUGCGUCCGGCCUGUCGGAUAGCGACGUGACAGCCCCGGUCAAGCCGGAAGCUGCCCUUGCAUCCGAGUCUUCUCUUCUGACCGAUAACUCUGCUAUUCACCCUGGUAACCUCUCAUCGAAGCCGCUGACGCACGAGCGUCCUCAGCUCAGCGCCGCAGGCAAGGUUUCCGAAAGUAUAGAGUCCCGCACACCGAAGCAAGGCGCUCCAGAGCAGCACGUUACCCCGACAGCCGAGACAGCCCACGAGGCGAAGGCUGACUUACCAGAGAUGCCACCAGUGUCGACGCAGCCAGCCGGGUCGAUCAAAGGGCAGGAUGCAGACAACCAGGCUCAGAGUGUUGCUCCAGUAGAAGCCGCAUCACCGGAGAAAACUGGAGCGAAAGCUGAGCAGUCGUACGCUGCUGCUGUGCCUGCGGAAAUAUCGUCGCCAAGCAUCGGUUCCGGCAUCAAGAAGCAGCCAGGCCGAGCCACAAUGAUGGCUGUGCCGGGCAUCCCAUCCAUGCAGAAAGCCGGUCCGCAGAGCUUCAGUGCACCACCUCCGCCUGAGCCGGUCCCUGCAAAGAGCGACGCCGAGACUUCGCCGAGUGCAUUUAGGGCGAGCUCGCUGUUCAAGAUACCGGCUUUCGGUAGUCCUGUCUUGAUGAACAGCGGUGGUGUUGCGAAGAGCAGUGCCGUCAACAACGCCAAUGACUCUAGCAAGUCGCCGGAGGCUGCCGCGUCGACAUCGAUCAUCGACGAGUCGUCGCCGGCGCGGCAAUCUAAUGCGAAGGAUACUGCAACAUCCGGAAUAGAGAAGACGGUGGGUGGAAAUGCAGCAGAGGUGCCUGCUAGCGUGCUCGGGUUGACGCAAAUGAACGGGAAUGGCAGCAACCUUCAUGACCCGCCUCACAAGCCGCCUGGACAAUCGCAGGUGGCUGAUCAAGUUGGAGACGACGGCGAAGCCACGUUUGCUGAUGUGGCCAAGGCUGAGGGCCCGGCAGCGGAGCCUGGUUUCGAGCACGCUCAGGUAGACACAGGCGACACGGUUCGGAUCGGUGACAAGGAGGUCAAGGUUCCUGCGACACGGGAAGAGGAGUCGUCUACGAGCAGCUGA